AGCUUUAUUCUUCCACACGUCCCCUCUCCAAUAAAUAUUAUUUUCCAUAUGUUUGAAACCUCAAUAAUUUCUCCCCCAUUAUUCUUUGCACAACAUUAUGGUUAGCAUUCGCCCCACCUUCCUCUCCCUCUUCUUCCUCCUCCUCCACCUCCCUUGCUUCACCCCCUCCCCCCGCCGCCGCAGCCGCUCCACCGCACCGAAAACAUCCUUCUUCUCCUUCUUCAAACGCCUCUUCUCCAACUCCAACCCACCACCACCACCACCACCACCCUCCCGCCGCUCCCCCUCCUCCUCCACGCGCUCCUUGCGCCUAAGCCCCACGCUCGACAUCCACCCGUGCUCCGCCUGCGGCGAGGUCUUCCAAUCGCCGCCCCUCCUGGAGCGCCACCGCUCCACCCACCACCUCGUCUCCGAGCUGGCUGCCGACGACGAGAACAUCGUACGGAUCAUAUUCAAUACGGGGUGGCCCAACCCGGCCCGGACUCCGAACAUCGAGCGGAUCCUCAAAAUCCACAACACCCCCGCGAUCACCUCCCGCUUCGAGGAGUACCGGGAGCGCGUCAAAUCACGUGCGGCGGCGGCGCCUCCCCCACGGCGGGACGAGCGGUGCGUCGCCGACGGGAACGAGCUGCUGAGGUUCCACUGCACGACCUUCGUGUGCGGGCUGGACUCCGGCGACGAGUGCGGGCGGCUGUACUGCAGCCUGUGCGGGAUCAUCCGGAGCGGAUUCUCGCCGAAGAUGGACGGAAUCUCGACGCUGCCGACGAGCUACGCCGCGCACGUGUCAAUGCCGGCGGACAUGGAGGCGGAGUUCGAGUUCAUGAACGUUAGGCGCGCGGUGCUGGUUUGCCGGGUAAUCGCGGGUCGGGUCGGGUGCGACCCGUGGGAGGCCGAUAAGGAGGAUCCCGGGUUCGACUCGCUGGCGGGUCGGGGCGAGGGGGAUGACGAGGAUGAGAUUCUGGUUUUUAAUCCGAGGGCUGUGCUCCCGUGCUUCGUUAUUGUGCUUAAUUGCUUCAAACCGUAGAUUAAUUCAUUGUUUCUCCAUGCACUUCAACUCUCGUUUCUAUCUUAAAAUAAUAGUAUAUAUUGAUAAUACUGAUUUUGUAGUCAUUUUUGUUAGUGGGUAUAUGAUGUGUGAAGAGGUAAGUUAGUAAAAUUAAAAAGAAAAUAAAAAUAGAAUAUUCUUGUUAA